GCUGUGACCAUGACCUGAAAGAGAGGUAGGACAAAUGAGGUUGUUCGCACACGCACUGAGGUUGUUCGCAGUGAGGUUGUUCGCACACGCACUGAGGUUGUUCGCAGUGAGGUUGUUCGCACACGCACUGAGGUUGUUCGCACACACAGUGAGGUUGUUCGCACACGCACUGAGGUUGUUCGCACACGCACUGAGGUUGUUCGCACACGCACUGAGGUUGUUCGCAGUGAGGUUGUUCGCACACGCACUGAGGUUGUUCGCACACGCACUGAGGUUGUUCGCACACGCACUGAGGUUGUUCGCACACACAGUGAGGUUGUUCGCACUGAGGUUGUUCGCACACGCACUGAGGUUGUUCGCAGUGAGGUUGUUCGCACACGCACUGAGGUUGUUCGCAGUGAGGUUGUUCGCACACGCACUGAGGUUGUUCGCACACGCACUGAGGUUGUUCGCACACGCACUGAGGUUGUUCGCAGUGAGGUUGUUCGCACACGCACUGAGGUUGUUCGCACACGCACUGAGGUUGUUCGCACACGCACUGAGGUUGUUCGCACACGCACUGAGGUUGUUCGCACACGCACUGAGGUUGUUCGCACUGAGGUUGUUCGCACUGAGGUUGUUCGCACACGCACUGAGGUUGUUCGCACACGCACUGAGGUUGUUCGCAGUGAGGUUGUUCGCACACGCACUGAGGUUGUUCGCACACGCACUGAGGUUGUUCGCACACGCACUGAGGUUGUUCGCAGUGAGGUUGUUCGCACACGCACUGAGGUUGUUCGCACACGCACUGAGGUUGUUCGCACACGCACUGAGGUUGUUCGCAGUGAGGUUGUUCGCACACGCACUGAGGUUGUUCGCACACGCACUGAGGUUGUUCGCACACGCACUGAGGUUGUUCGCACACGCACUGAGGUUGUUCGCAGUGAGGUUGUUCGCACACGCACUGAGGUUGUUCGCACACGCACUGAGGUUGUAUUGAUCCACACUGAGGUUCUACUGAUCAGCAGAUAUUACCUUCCUCUCCAUGUGAGUGUCCGUGGCCUCCAUGCUGGAAAACAAA